CCGCGGAGAAGUGUCAGUAGAGAAACCGGGGAGGACGAGAGGCUGCCAGGUCGCUGGUGUAGCAAAAAAUAUAUAUAAUUUAGCUCUCCAGAAAUACCGAAAGACGACCAAGUUUUUUUUUGUUCAGAAUGCAUCCGUAAUUCGCCGUCUUAUCCACAAGCUUCUGAUAAAAAGAAGAAAAAGCUUUGCUGUUUUGCUUUAUUCCUGGAGAGCUUAAUUCACCUCGCUUCCAACAUGAUCGGGAGAGGACUGCUCCUUCUCGCUGUUUUGUCCAACUGCGUUCUGUCAUUGCCAGUGACUUCAAGUCAGCUGGAGAAUGAGGACGUAGAGGUGAUGAAAUGCAUUGUCGAGGCGCUGGCAGAUGUACUAUCAAGACCGAAGCAAGUUCCUGUCAGUGAGGAAUGUUUAAACACUCUGAAGACAAACGAGAAGCUCCUCACCAUCCUCCGUCAUCAUAACUUUCUGAAGGAGCUGCAGAGGAUCGCUGCUCAAGGUGAUCAAGAGCGGGCUCGGCUGCAGAAAUCUACUGACAAAGCAGCUCCGACCACACAGGCGCUACACGCUACAGCUGAUGACGCUGAUCAAUCCAUGUUGGAAGCUUUGGGAGGCCCCGGUGAGCGAUCCAUCCUGUCCCAGAGGAAGAGGGCAGGAGACGGCGGGGAAGAGGAGGAUGAGACCGGGGGAGAGUCGCGGGAGGAGAGCGAAGCCGAAGGCGAGCAUGUGAAGAGGGACGGAGACGAGAGCCAGAGAGAAAGUGAACACGACGAGAAUCAAAGAAGCCCCGAGGAGAAUUCAGAAGAGGAGAACGAGACGGAGGGUGAUCUCUCUGAUAAAAGGAGCGAUUCAUCCAGAGAGGAUCCAAAACAGAAGGCGGCGGAGACGGAAGACGAGGAGAAGAGCGACAAAGGGUCUGAGCUCCUCCCGGAAAAACGCGGCGCCAGGGUGGAGGAGGAGGAGGAGAAGCGGGGCCGGAAGGGGGCAAAAAGAGGGAGCAGAGAAAGCUUAAAUCACUUGACCCAGCGGGCCAAGGCCCUGGCGCUGAAGAAGAAAGCAGGAAGAGAGGGAGUGCCUCACCAUUCGAAGGAGGAAGAGGAGGAAGAGCAGCAGCAGCAGCAGCAGCAGCAGAAGAAGAAGAAAAGAGAUCCAGAGAGAAGUCCAGAGGAGAGGGAGCUGCGGAUGAUAGCUCGGAGAGCGCCGGAGGAGAGGAAGAUGAUGGAGGAAGAAGGGAGCGGCACCAGAAAGCCAGAGGAGCCUGAGAUCGAAAGCCUGGCGGCCAUCGAGUCCGAGCUGGAGAACGUCGCACAGAAGCUCCACGAGAUGCGGCGAGGCUGAAACCAGGAGAGCGGCACCGGAGCCGACGCCGCAGCCUGCCUCCUCGUCCUUCUGCGCUUCACCAGACGCCCGGCUUCCAUAGAUAGAUCGUGCAAAAUGUGUGACAAGGGUUUAUCCGUCCCUGUUUUUCCUGCAGGAUGCUGCUCUGCUUCUUUAGUUUGUUUUUUUGUUUUCUUUCGACAUUGUUUUUCCUCACAUAGAGUAGCACACAGUAGGGUGCAGCUACAUGUGCAUACUAACACUACAUGGAUAUGCAUUCUCACUCGUGUACUACACUGCAAAGUGGCAUUCUUUAAGGUAUAUUUAUGGUUUAUGGCAGCCACCUGUUCGUUCUGCACAUGCAUCUUGUCUGCUUGUCAGGUUAAAAAUGAUUGAUGUGAAAAGGGUUGGGACUAAUCCAGGAAGGAUGAGGCUGAAAUUGAACACUGUAGCUCAGUGUGAGUAUUUAAGUCUCCCUCUGGGAUGAUGAUUUGCUUACUAAAGGUGAAAGAAGAGGAUGCAAAUUAUUCCACACGGUGAUAGAAACAGCUAACUCCAAUCAAGCCAAGGCAAUAAGUUUAGAUUUUUAGCAGGUAAAUGAUUGAAUUGUAUUCUAAUACUGUAUCGAGUUUCUCUAAGAAAAUAAACAAAUUGAUUCUGG